UCGACUCCUUUGUCCCUGUGAUGGUGCGCCGACCCUUGCUUUGUGGACCGCCUCAUGUCGCCGAAGCUUGACAAUGACAUACACCGGCCAUAGCGCUGUUCAUGCAUCUGACAUAGCCUCCGCAGCAGCGCGUAUGAUAGCCUGUCUGUUGUCCGAAGCCCAACAUUCCUAACGCCACGCGCUCGUGUGUUUGUGUUGCUUUGCAGAAACAUAUAAGAGGCGGGACUGUCGAUGGGUCCACCACCUCUCAAGCCCUCCAAGACCAAGACCAAGCCCGCAUCGUCUGCCGCCUCGCCGCCCGCAACCAAGCUACCCUACCCACCAUGAACUUCAACUUCAACAACGUCGCCUACAACCCGGCCACCGGCGCCUACGUCCAUCUCAACAACGGCCACAACGCGCAGGCGAACCCCCAGCUCCGCCGCGGCCGCCCCCUCCGCGCCGAGGACACCUUCGCCCCGCAGGGCCCCUCCGUCGCCACCCAGACGCUCAUCUACGCCAUCCGCAACGACCAGAACCUGCUCACCGACUGCCUCGACCGCAUCCUCCGCGGCAACGUCCGCUCCACCGCCGUCGAAACCCUCCUCCAAGGCCUCGAGGCCUGCGGCGCGUAUCUCGGGGCCGCCAGAGACGCGGCGGUGGACGCGUGGCGCGUGCGCCACUGCACGCGCUGCCACAGCCAGUACAAGGAGGUCGACAACCACCCGAGCGCGUGCGUCAUCGAGCACGACGCGAUCGCGGUCACCAAGAAUGGGUCUGUCUGGGUGCGCCUGUGCUGUGGGACACGUGAGGCCCCGGGCGCAAGCGCGCCGCCGCCGAUGUACGGGCGGCACACGACGCAGCCGAUCACCCACGACAUCCGCCACAAGGUCGAUGAUGAAGGCUUGACGGUGCUUACGGGUCACUUUGAUACCUGCGAGAUGCGUGGCUGCCCGCCCCAGCUCUGAGGGUAUCACGAUUGAAUCAUUAGAGCAUUGUUGCUUGAGAGGUCUGCAUUUAUCGGGGGGGGGGGG